AUGGUGGGAAACGCCACCAUGGAGGGGACAGGACCCAGGAUGGCAGCAGGAGGAGACAGGUCGGACAAAACCCUGCAGGACAUCGUGUACAAGCUGGUCCCGGGGCUUUUCAAAGUUCCCAACGGCUCCAAUGAAGAUCGUGGGGAGGUCUCAGAGCAGGACAAGGGGCACCUGACGGACGAUGAGAUCGUCAGCCUCUCCAUAGAGUUCUAUGAAGGGUCAAGAGAGGAGAAGAAGGGGACGGUGGAGAAUGGGGAGCUGGAGAAGGAGAAGGUGAGUGGGGUGAGGUUCCUGCGCUGCCCCGCGGCCAUGACCGUCAUGCACCUGGCCAAGUUCCUGCGCAACAAGAUGGACGUGCCCCCCAGGUACAAGGUGGAAGUCCUGUAUGAAGAUGAGCCCCUGAAGGAGUAUUACACCCUGAUGGACAUCGCCUACAUCUACCCCUGGAGGAGG